AUGUGUAUGAAGGCUACCUGCUCGACCUGCAACAAGGUCACCUGGUGGGGUUGUGGAAGCCAUAUCCCUUCGGUGAUGGACUCAGUUCCCGAAGGCGAGUGGUGUUCCUGCACUCCUCAAGUUGAGAAGGAUGGGAAGAAGUACCCUCCCAAGGCGGCGAAGGCCGCCUGA